CCGGUGCUUACUGUCAGGUUUCAAGGACUAUAGUUUACCCUGGACCUCUCAAAUAAACCGGGAUUAUCUCUGAAAAUGGAGACGUCCAACUUUACACUAUUCGAUCCGAGAUGCAGAGCAGAGGCUCCGUUCGCUAUCGAUGCUAUUAAGCAGCUGGAUAUCUUUGGCAAAGUCCUCUACACUGUGCUGACUUUAAUGGCCACAGCAUCCAUGCUGGUAUUCAUUGAAGAAUGCAUCUACAUCUAUAAAAAAGUGCCGGCACAUAAAAAAAGCACCAUUAUCUGGGUAACCGGAGUAGCACCAGUCAUGGCUAUUAUGUCUUGUUUGGGCAUGUGGGUUCCAAGGGCCACAAUGUUCACUGAUAUGACAUCAGCCACAUACUUUGCAAUUGUGGUCUUCAAGUUCCUGAUUCUCAUGAUUGAAGAGGUGGGAGGGGACAAUGCUUUUCUCAGACGCUGUGAGAAACAGACGUUUAAGAUCAGCACAGGACCUUGCUGCUGCUGCUGCCCAUGUCUGCCAAAUGUCCCCAUCACACGACGAUCUCUGUUCAUAUUGAAACUGGGCUCCUACCAGUUUGCACUGAUGAAAUUGGUCCUCACCAUCUUUUCUAUUGUCCUCUGGACAAAUGGCAGCUUUAGUUUAGCCAAUGUUUCGGCAAGUGGAGCGGCCAUAUGGAUAAACUCAUUUAUUGGCGUUCUCACCAUUAUCGCCCUUUGGCCUGUUGCGAUCAUGUUCAUGCAUGUGCGAGAGGCAUUGCGCACUUUAAAAAUAGUCCCUAAAUAUGCCAUGUAUCAGUUGGUGCUGAUCCUGAGCCAGCUGCAAACAGCCAUUAUUAACAUACUGGCAUUGAAUGGGACCAUUGCCUGUUCGCCACCCUACAGCUCCCAGGCCCGUGGAUACAUGAUGAGCCAGCAGCUGUUGAUCGUAGAGAUGUUCAUCAUCACUCUAGUGACCCGUGUUUUAUACAGACGUCAAUAUGAGCCCAUACCAGAACCAGAUGAUGUCGAGGAGAAAAAGACUGUCCUCAGCUCCAAAAAAGCCAUAGAUGUUGCCUGAGAAGAACCGACUGUUGCGUGUGAAUGAAUUUGUAUAAUAUAUAUUUGAGGCCGGUUAUUAAAAAUGGUCAUUACCCUUAUAUAUUCUUCAUGUAUGCACUUGCUAGUAUCUAAUAUCUUGCCAGAUGUUUUUAUAUUGACAUCAAUGCAAGUGAUUGGGCUGCAGAACUAGAUGUUUACACUUUAUAUUGGGUAUAUCUGAACAAUGAUGUUUUUAAACUUCUGUUCCUGCAUUGAAGGUGUUGGUCUGUUUAUUUUUUGUUAAUAGACUAUAAAGCAUUAUUAAUCUCAUACGUCAUUGUGGUGCAGGUUUCCAGUGAAGUCAGAUAAAGUCAUCUCUAUGGCUUAAUGAUAGGCUGCUUAAAAGAGAUGACUUUUGGAGCUGGAUAAAGGUCAGCAUUCUUUCAUGUUGCUAAAUUGUACGUUCGUAUAAUAUCCUUUGUAAAAUCUGUGCCUUUCUGGUAUAUUGUUGAAUACAGAUAUUUCAAACAA